ACUAGUUCGGUUGUCUCGGGGACGGUGACAGCUCGCGCGUGUAGGCGAUGGCGGUAAAUAAAACCGUGCACAAAAAAUAAAAGAUGAAUUUAUAUUUCGCAAAGACGGAUGCAGCGCGCGGCCGUCGGCGUCGCUAACGUGUGCCGCCGCCGCGAGGGUGGCGCGAGCGCAGCCCCGGGUAAAGUUCUGAGUGGUCUUCUCCGGCUUCUUUUGAGAAUCGGUGACUUUAAUCCGGGGGUUGACCUCCCGUUGUUUUGUUCAAAGAUUAAUGUAAAAGUUGAUUACUGAGGUGUUUUCGAAAACGCCGCGGCUGUUCGCGGGUCGCGGCCCUUCUGCCCGCGCGCUCCACUUGACGAGCCGGAGUUGGCGAGCGGGUUGUCGCGCGGAGUUGACCUGCGCUCGCGCUGCGCUCUUUGUUCUGUUUUCGCGGUGCUCACUCGGGCAGCCCUGCUCUGCCGAAGUCGCCGCCGAGCCCGUGUGCCCUAAACAUGCAUUGUUUCCUCAGUGCGGCGGUUGCCAUGUUCCCGUGGACCUGAGGCGCACGUGACGGAGACGCGGCUCCGCCGAAGCGAAGGAUUGCCAUGUUCGCAGUGUCCCUCCUUUCCCAGAACGCACAAAAGUCCUUCGCGCUUGUGAGCCUUUGCCGGGUGCAGAGGCACAUGUCCUGAUACAGAGCACAUGUGCAUGCAUAGCCAUGGACCGGUGUAAGCAUGUGGGACGCCUCCGCUUGGCGCAGGACCACUCCAUUCUCAACCCGCAGAAGUGGCACUGCGUGGACUGCGGCACGACAGAGUCGGUGUGGGCGUGCCUCAAGUGUUCGCACGUGGCCUGCGGUCGCUACAUGGAGGAGCACGCCCUCAACCACUUCCAGGAGUCUCGCCACCCCUUAGCCAUGGAGGUCCGCGAGUUGGAUGUCUUCUGCCACGCCUGCGGGGACUACGUGCUGAACGACAAUGCCGAGGGCGACCUCAAACUCCUGCGGGCCGCUCUGUCAACCGUUCGGGGAAGCCCUGGCCGGCGUGCGUUGCGGUCCCAGACUUGCGCGGGCGACUCCCCUCUGCGAGGAUCUGAAGGUGGCAGGGGUGACGGAGGCGUGCGACCGACCAUGCAGACGGCCCUUCGGCACAGGCGGCGGGUGCUGCUGGCGAGGGUGUUGCGCAUGUGGCGCGGCCGUCGGCGAGAGAAGCAGCAGCAGCGGGAGCAGGAGCUGGAGCAGCACAAGGAGGAGCUGCGGCGGCGGCGGCAAGAGGUGAAGCGCAGGCUCCUGGAGGAGUUGGCCAACGUGCCGCCCAGGAAGAGUGCGCGGUUGCUCACCCAGGUACCCCGUCGCACUGCGCUCAUCCCGCGCAAGUUUCGCGACCCUCCGGAGCGAGUGUCCCAACCGCAUGCGCCGCCCCUUCUGGGAUUUCCUCACAAGCCUCUCGGCAACGGCGGCUCCGGAAGGUUCCGCCAGCAGUACUCGCCAGGCGUGGUGGCGCAACGCAAGGUGGCGCCGGGCGUCACUGGGUUGCGCAACUUGGGGAACACUUGCUAUAUGAACUCCAUCCUCCAGGUGCUGAGCCAUUUGCAGAAGUUCCGGGAGUGCUUCCUCACUCUGGACCUGUGUGAGACGGAGGAGCUCCUGGCCAAGACGAGACGCACGCAGGGGACGAGGGUGGUGUCGGGCAGCCUGGUGAACAGCAAUGCGAUGCCUAGGGGUGGUCUUGGCCGCAUGGACAAGCUGGGGAACGGGGGUCUGUCUGUGAGUGGCAAGCAGGGCCCCAAGCCCAGUCUGAAUGCGGCAGAGCUGAUCCAACCGAAGGAGCCGCGUUCCUCCGCACGCCAUCAGAUGUCCUUGUGCCACGAGCUGCACACCCUGUUCCGUGUCAUGUGGUCUGGCCGCUGGUCGCUAGUGUCCCCCUUCGCCAUGCUGCACUCUGUGUGGAACCUCAUCCCGUCUUUCCGAGGGUACAACCAGCAAGACGCCCAAGAGUUCCUGUGUGAGCUGCUGGACAAGGUGCAGCAGGAGCUGGAGUCGGAGGGCACCAGGCGCAAGAUUGUUCUCCCCAUCUCGCAGAGGAGGUUGACGAAACAGGUGCUCAAGGUGCUCAACACCAUCUUCCACGGACAGUUGCUGAGCCAGGUGACGUGCUUGUCCUGUAACUACAAAUCGAACACGGUGGAGCCGUUCUGGGACUUGUCUCUGGAGUUCCCAGAGCGCUACCACAGCGUAAGCAAGUCAACCAGCACUUUGGCCUGCCGCCGCAGCUGCUCACUCACUGAGAUGCUGGCCAAGUUCACAGAGACAGAGGCUCUGGAAGGGAGGAUCUACGCCUGUAACCACUGCAAUAGGAAAAGGCGCAAAACUUCCCAUAAACCCCUCGUUCUCACGGAAGCAUGUAAGCAACUUCUCAUCUAUCGGUUACCUCAGGUCCUACGGCUGCACCUCAAACGAUUCCGGUGGUCUGGACGCAACCACAGGGAGAAGAUUGGGGUUCAUGUAGCGUUUGACCAAGUCCUGAACAUAGAGCCCUACUGCUGCUCGGACUCCUCCUCCUCCCAGCUGAGGAAGGGCCUCGCUUAUGACCUUUCUGCUGUAGUCAUGCAUCAUGGCAAGGGAUUUGGCUCAGGGCACUACACUGCCUACUGCUACAACACUGAAGGUGGCUUCUGGGUUCACUGUAAUGACUCGGAGAUGAAGGUGUGCAGCGUAGAGGAGGUAUGCAACACUCAGGCCUACAUCCUGUUCUACACUCAGAGAUCUGCCCAGAGCAGCGUGGCCUAAUCCCCAGGCCUUCACUCCGCUCCACUCCAGCACGUAACCACGUGGACACAGGCUUGCUGCUGGGUUGUGGUGUGGAACGGGUGGGGAGUUUCCACAGUUUACAGGCAGGCUGGGACAAUUGAAGGAGGGAGGUCGGGGCGGCGAAGCACUCGAGCCAACUGGUAGUCGUCUGUCACAGAUCAGCAGUGACAGGAAGUGCCUAGGGCCUAAAUGGCAGUUUCAGUCAGGGGAGAGUGCAUGUAGGUUGCUUCAAGGUUUUCUCACUCUGAAGUGGGAGAAAAGGAGGGAGCAGAGUUUGCUUUGUUUAAGGACUGUGUGAGGCUGGUGAUAAACUCAAAUCAGGAAUUCUGCAAUUUUGUACUGGAAUGUUUUCUACACUGCUGUUUUUCUCCCCAAUUUUUUUGGAAUCCUAAACACGGUCUUUGCAGACUGAAGCGGUUUCGAUUGCUGUUGUUGAUAUAGAAAAGAGAACUUUCUUCAUGACUGUAAGUUAUAGAGAAGUCCUGUGGCUAUGAAUGUCCUGCUACUGGGAAGCUGCAGCAGUGGCAGUUCUGCCCCACGGGCUUGACGGAGCUCCGCUGAGCGGCUGGCUGCUGGCUUCUAGCCCUCAUUCUGUGCAGUAGGAGCUCUGUGUGGCCUGUGAUGUUGCUGAAAGGAAAAAAAUAAACGCGUAAAUAAACAUUUUGUCAGUUGUGUUGCAUAUUUCUGGUGUCUUCGGUUUGAGUGGUACGAAUUAGCGUUUUUGAAGCUGGGAAACGGCGAAACGGACGAAUUUUAGUACCGCCGUAAUUAGAUGUAUUUAUUCUUCGCAUGGCACGUAGAUUGAGAGAUGCAAAUGGAAAAUGGGACCAAUUAACAUGCGCAACUCAAGGAGAGUAGCGUGUGCCUUUUACCCCCCAGCACAGGUCAACUGUCACU